AUGGCCGAGUUGAAGUACAUUUCUGGAUUCGGGAAUGAAUGUGCCUCAGAGGACCCUCGCUGCCCAGGUGCUCUGCCAGAAGGACAGAACAAUCCUCAAGUCUGCCCUUAUAACCUGUAUGCUGAGCAGCUCUCAGGAUCGGCUUUCACUUGUCCACGGAGCACAAAUAAGAGAAGCUGGCUGUAUCGGAUUCUACCUUCAGUUUCCCACAAGCCCUUUGAGUCCAUUGACCAAGGCCAUGUCACUCACAACUGGGAUGAAGUUGAUCCUGACCCUAACCAGCUUCGAUGGAAACCAUUUGAGAUUCCAAAAACGUCUCAGAAGAAAGUGGACUUUGUGAGUGGCCUGCACACCUUGUGUGGAGCUGGAGACAUAAAGUCUAACAAUGGGCUUGCCAUCCAUAUUUUCCUGUGUAACACCUCCAUGGGGAACAGAUGUUUUUACAAUUCAGAUGGGGACUUCUUGAUUGUUCCCCAGAAAGGGAAACUUCUCAUUUACACUGAGUUUGGCAAGAUGCUUGUGCAGCCCAAUGAGAUCUGCGUCAUUCAGAGAGGAAUGCGGUUCAGCAUAGAUGUCUUCGAGGAGACCAGGGGCUACAUCCUGGAGGUCUACGGCGUCCACUUUGAGUUGCCUGACCUAGGACCAAUUGGAGCUAAUGGCCUGGCCAAUCCUCGUGAUUUUUUGAUACCCGUUGCCUGGUAUGAAGAUCGCCAAGUGCCAGGUGGCUACACUGUGAUUAAUAAAUACCAGGGCAAGCUAUUUGCUGCCAAACAGGAUGUCUCCCCAUUUAACGUUGUGGCCUGGCACGGGAACUACACCCCCUACAAGUACAACCUGGAGAACUUCAUGGUCAUUAAUUCAGUGGCCUUUGACCACGCAGACCCAUCCAUCUUCACAGUAUUGACCGCCAAGUCUGUCCGCCCUGGGGUGGCUGUCGCUGAUUUUGUCAUCUUCCCACCUCGAUGGGGGGUUGCCGAUAAGACCUUCAGGCCUCCUUAUUACCACAGGAACUGCAUGAGUGAAUUCAUGGGACUUAUCAAAGGUCACUAUGAGGCAAAGCAAGGUGGAUUCCUGCCAGGGGGAGGCAGCCUGCACAGCUCAAUGACCCCCCACGGGCCUGAUGCUGACUGCUUUGAGAAGGCCAGCAAAGCCAAGCUGGCACCCGAGAGGAUUGCUGAUGGCACCAUGGCAUUUAUGUUUGAGUCUUCUCUAAGUAUGGCCGUCACCAAGUGGGGGCUCAAGACCUCUAAUUGUUUGGAUGAGAAUUACUACAAGUGCUGGGAACCUCUCAAGAGCCACUUCACUCCCAAUUCCAGGAACCCAGCAGGACCUAACUGA